GGUUUCACACAAACACUGAACCCAGUUUCCCAGCCUCACCCUGACCCUGAGCUCCCUGGGCUCCCUCCCUGCCUCUUCACUCUUCUCUCUCAAGCUCUCUCGCAUUUUCAGAGCACCGGCGGCGGCAGCGGGAUUCCCUCACACAUUCGCGGCGGCGCUCGUCUCUCCUCUCUCACAGCUCUGCCUCUCUGCGGCGGCAAGUCUCCCCACAUUCGCGGCGGCGCGCUCGUCUCUCCUCUCUCACGGAUCGUCUCUGGUUCUCUCGGUGGCGGCAAGCUCCUCCUCUUGGUAACUGCCACCAUGUGUGGGAUUCUUGCAGUGUUAGGUUGUGUUGACAACUCUCAGGCCAAACGUGCUCGCAUCAUCGAGUUAUCUCGCAGAUUAAAGCAUAGAGGACCUGAUUGGAGUGGAUUGCAUUGCCAUGGAGAUUGUUAUCUUGCUCAUCAAAGGCUUGCUAUUGUUGACCCCACUUCAGGGGAUCAACCACUUUAUAACGAGGACAAGACUGUUGUUGUCACAGUAAAUGGGGAGAUCUAUAACCAUAAGGAACUGAGACAGAAAUUGAGUUCCCACCAGUUUCGAACUGGAAGCGACUGUGAAGUCAUUGCUCAUCUUUACGAAGAGUAUGGAGAAGAAUUUAUUGAUAUGCUGGAUGGGAUGUUCUCCUUUGUGCUUCUUGACACAAGAGAUAAAAGCUUCAUUGCUGCUCGUGAUGCUAUAGGCAUUACCCCUCUUUACUUGGGAUGGGGGCUUGAUGGAUCGACAUGGUUUGCAUCUGAAAUGAAAGCUUUAAGUGAUGAUUGUGAGAGAUUCAUAUCUUUUCCGCCAGGGCAUAUAUAUUCCAGCAAACAGGGAGGAUUAAGAAGAUGGUACAAUCCACCAUGGUUCACAGAGCAAAUUCCAUCAACACCCUAUGAUCCUCAGAUCCUACGUCAAGCCUUUGAAAAGGCUGUGCUUAAGAGGUUGAUGACUGAUGUACCUUUUGGCGUUCUUUUGUCGGGAGGACUUGACUCAUCGCUUGUCGCUGCUGUGACCAAUCGUUUUGUGGCUCAAUCUGCAGCUGCACAACAGUGGGGAUCGCAGUUGCAUACUUUCUGUAUUGGUUUAAAGGGCUCUCCAGAUUUGAAAUUUGCAAAAGAGGUAGCAGAUUAUCUUGGUACUCGACAUCAUGAACUUUAUUUCACAGUUCAGGAAGGUAUAGAUGCACUUGAAGAAGUCAUUUACCACAUUGAAACAUAUGAUGUAACGACUAUCAGAGCAAGUACUCCAAUGUUCCUUAUGUCCAGAAAAAUCAAAUCCAUGGGAGUGAAAAUGGUUCUUUCGGGAGAAGGUUCAGAUGAAAUAUUUGGAGGUUACCUAUAUUUCCAUAAAGCACCUAAUAAGGAAGAGUUUCAUGAAGAAACAUGUCGAAAAAUCAAAGCUCUUCACCUUUAUGACUGCCUGAGAGCAAAUAAAUCAACUUCAGCAUGGGGUAUAGAGGCACGUGUACCAUUCUUGGAUAAAGAAUUUAUCAACACAGCCAUGAGUAUUGAUCCAGAGUGGAAAAUGAUACGACCUGAUCUCGGAAGGAUAGAGAAGUGGGUAUUGCGCAAUGCAUUUGAUGACGAAACAAAUCCAUAUUUACCGAAGCACAUUUUGUACAGGCAGAAGGAACAGUUCAGUGAUGGUGUAGGGUACAGCUGGAUUGAUGGCUUGAAGGAGCAUGCUAACCAACAAGUCACAGAUGGAAUGCUGUUGCAUGCUAACUAUGUUUACCCUGAAAACACUCCCACAACAAAAGAAGCAUACCUCUACAGGACAAUUUUUGAGAAGCACUUUCCAAAGAAUGCUGCAAGGUCAACCGUUCCAGGAGGUCCUAGUGUUGCGUGCAGCACGGCAAAAGCUGUGGAAUGGGAUGCCGAAUGGUCAAAGAAUCCUGACCCUUCUGGCCGUGCUGCUCUUGGUGUUCAUGCAGCGGCAUAUGAGGCUGCAGCGGAUGCAAAAACAGCCGAGCCUAAAAACGGGACCCUCUAAGGCCUUUAUUCUGGCUUCGAAGAACAAAAAAAUGCAAAGCUUUGUCUAGUGAGGCUUAUUUUCAGGUAGAUGAAAAAUUAAACUCGAGGAAAAGAUUGUGGUUGCUCAUUUGUAUUUCGCACGGUUAGCACAACAUUUUAAGCUGUUUUGACACUAGGGUAGCGUUUGUUUUGAGGUAUUGAGACAGAGACUGGGAUAUGCUUGUUGGUUCAAAGACUGGUACUAAAAUUUCUGUCUUUGUCAUCAAAAUUUCAGUAUUUCAGUAUCUCCAAAAAAUGGGGACAUAGGAGACUAAAACUAUUAGAGAUGGAAACUGAAACUUUAAUAACAUUUUAUACCUAAAAUACCUUUAUUUCAAUUAAUUAAUUCCAAUUUUACCUUUUGUACAAAUUAAAUUAGAAUUUUAUUUUUGUUUCAAUUUCUGUCUCCCAUCUUGUACCAAAUAGAAUAUUAAAAUUUAUUUUAAUCUCUAUCUCUUAGUCUUUGUCUCUUAGUCUAAGUUUUUUUGUCUCUGUCUCUCCACCCAACGCUACCUAGCAGAGUAAGAUAACCUUUAAUGUAUACUGUUAGCAAUCUUUCUUACAUUGUGUUUGAGUAAGAGUCCUUUAACUGGAGUUGCAAUGGCAACUCAAAUUCAUAAAUAACAACAAUGAAGAGUUCCUGUAAAGUGAACAAAAGAUAAGAACUUUGCUCUUUGGUUUGCUAUAGUACUUGAGGCUCUGUGGGUACCCUCAAGCUGCCAAGGGCACUUUGAUGGCGUUCUUUGUCUCAACUCUCAAUAGUCUUUCAAUUUGGGACAUCACGCAAAAUAAAUAAAUAAACUUUCUCAGGACACCUUGCCUUUA